CUAACCCUCAGGGUUCUACGCCAGGCUCGACCUUUCCGAAACACUUCCGCCUUCGUUCCUCUUUAUGAUUCCUCUCAUUUCAGACCCUUUCGAGUUUCUCUACUAAACGACCUCUAUUCGCAACCGCCGAUCGAUCCCAUCUCCCAGAUUUGACCAUCGAACCCUUUCCCCGACCCGUCUUCCAGAACAUCCCACGCAUACCGAGCUCACCAUCGUGUCCGCCACUAGUCAUUAUGGAUUACGCGCGUCUUCGCGCUGCCGCCAUGAGCGGUGAGGACGAGGAAGCGGUAACAGUCGACACCCGCGCGCUUAUCGACAAGGUGCUUGCACGAUACUCAGGAGAGUGGACGACGCUUCGAGAGCUCAUCCAGAACGCCGCCGACGCGCAGGCGACAACAGUUAAAGUCAAGUUCGAAACCACACCAUCGACACAAACUCCCCUUCCGACGACCGUCAAUCAGUCAGAGCUCAUUAAACAUGUCAUAUCCCAUCAUACCUUGCGGUCACUCCACGUGAGCAACAACGGACAGCCGUUCACUUCAACCGACUGGGGAAGGUUGAAGAAGAUCGCCGAGGGGAAUCCAGACGAGACGAAGAUCGGUGCGUUUGGUGUGGGCUUCUACAGCGUCUUCGCCGACUGCGAGGAGCCCUUCGUCAGUUCCGGAAACGAGGCCAUGGCUUUCUAUUGGAAAGGGAACGCCCUGUUUACAAGGAAGGCCACUCUCCCACCAGGGCAAGGGAGCCCCGACACAACGUUCGUGCUCGACUAUAGGAGCACUUCUACACCGCUACCAAACCUGCUCUCCGUGAGCCAGUUCCUGGCUACCAGCUUGACCUUUGUCGCCCUGCAGAGCAUCGAGUUCUGGAUCGAUGACUGGAAGAUUUUGAGUCUACAAAAGAAGUCCUCGCCCAGCCUGAGCCUAGAUAUUCCGCGAGACUUGGAAACUAGGACCAAGGAUGGUCUUAUGAAGCUUGCUGCGGCAGACCGUACCAGCACGCAAAUAGACGCCACCUUCAUGAACGUCAUCGGCUGGAAACCCCAGUCGACAACAUCGGCCACCAAGUCUAGCGAGUCCUACUAUUCUUCGGAGCUGCCUUCCUUGAAGAACUUCUUCUCGCGGCUCACAUCGGGCUCGUCGCAAUCUGGACCUCGAGCCAAAGCGGCGAAGGAAGAGAAGGCCAUCCAAGAAGCAAUCGCGGAGGAUCUUACGGCGACGUCAACUUCGGUCCAUUUUCUUCGGGUGACUUCAGCCCAGAUAGCCACCCGCGUCUCAUCUUCCUUCGCUGCCGAAUUGGAGCGGGCAACCAAGAAGCCCCCUCCAAAAACCACCAAAAUCUCCAUCCUCACAUCGUCGUAUGACGAGACAGUCGCUUCAGAGGAGGCCUCGUUGAGCCAGGUGCUGAAAGUUGCGGACGUAUUCGCCUCAGUCCUACCUAGCAAAAAGCCGGGAGGCCGCAUCUUUAUUGGUUUCCCGACCACGCAGACCACUGGUGCCGGAAUGCACGUCUCUGCCCCCUCGGUUAUCCCGACGGUUGAGCGUGAAGCCAUUGAUCUCAACGCUCGCUGGGUGCGCUCCUGGAACAUGGAGUUGCUGCGCGCAGCGGGCAUCAUGUCCCGGCUUGCAUUUGCACACGAAAUGGCAGGUCUGAACGACAAGCUCAGGAGGUUGUCCGAGGCCUGCGGGAAGAAAGGACAGGCCGUCUCGCCGGUUGAGGUGCAGAAAUGCAUUCCCGAGGCCUUGCACAUCUUGAAGACCUAUACCUUUUUGGAUUCGACUCCGAAUGGGAAUGUGGCGCAAAUUAUCGAGGAGGCGUUCUGGACGGCCUACAAACGCGCAUCCAUUGAGGUUUUCUCCUCUAAGGGCGUUCUCCAGUCAACGAAAGUCCGCACCUCGUCCGAUGAGAUAGCCAAGUUCGUUGGAGGUAUUCCCGUGGUUUUGAGGGAGAUGAGCGAGGAUCCCUUCAUCAAGCGGUUGAUUGAUUUUGGCUUGAUCAAAGACAUCACGGUGGAUGACAUCUGCCAAGAACUCGGGGCGAAGGCAUUAGACAAGGACCAGCUGAACCAUUUUCUUCAGUGGAUCACGAAAGGGGCUUUCGACGGAGAGCUUGACCGCCCAGGCGUCCAGCGACUUUUGGAUGUUGCCGUAGCUACCAUCUCUGACACUGAUGGCGGUGGUUCGGGCGAUAUCAUCGCGCUAGGGGCGGUCAAAAACUAUCUCAAUAACAAGAUUCCAGCAACGCUCCCGAUACCGCCCACUACUCUGUCCAUUGCAUUUACCGCGAACAUUCCGGAGGCCCGGCUGCAAGCUCUUGGCUGGGAGCCUUUGACUAUCGUUCCGUGGCUCAGAUUCCUGAUUGAAUCAGGCCCCAGCAAGGCUGACGAGCAGAAUCUUACAAAGUCGGACAAGUUUGCCCACCAGGUCUUGACUGUUCUCUCCAAAAAUUGGGACAAUCUGAGCCCAAGCUCCAAAAGCUCGGUUGUGUCGGCAUUACAGAACAUCACAGUUAUGCCCACCAAGGCGGGCAUGAGGAAGCCUGGCGAAUCCUUUUUUCCGUCUGUCAAAUUGUUUGACGACCUACCGAUCGUUGAGGGUAAUUUGAAGGAGAGAUUCCUGUCCGCUCUCGGUGUUAGGAAGACUGUCGACCUCGAGACCAUCUUCACCCGGUUAUUGAGUCCGUCUCCCGCGGCCGGCGAUGGUGCGCAUGCCAAAUGGAGCCAUAUGGAGUUGAUUAAGUACCUCACCUCGGUCAAAGACGACAUACCCGCUGCCGACAUGAAGAAGCUUCGGGAAUCGCCCCUUUGUCCCGCAGAGGCCGGUCCGCGCGGGAUGGAGCCUACGAAGGGCACCACACGAUUGUACAGGAUUUCUGAGCUCUACGAGCCCAAAGACUCUCUGCGGGCAUUGGGACUCCUAAUCCUCCAAUGGCCAGGUCCGCCGGGUAGUUUCAGAACUACCAGCGCAGAGGCUCGCUUCCUCUAUGGUCUCGGACUGCGACCAUACCCAUCUGUUCCAGAGCUGGUGAAUAUGAUGGCUUCUCCAGAUGACAACCUUCGGACACAGGCCAUGUCAUACUUCGUUGCCAACCACCAUCUCAACGGGUACGCGUCCUACGACUUGUCGACCACUGACCAAUGCAUUCUGCCCAUUGAAGGCAAAGAAAAGCAGCUAGUUCGCCCAUCGGCCUGCUACACGAAUGAGAGAGCAGCCGUUCUUGGAUACAACAUACUCAGGAGAGAUUUACACCAGCAUGCUCUCAAGUUUGGUGUUGCUCGCGAUCCUCCCAUAACGGGAUGUGUGGAGAGGCUCAUUGCGAAGCCACCCCAAGAUCGCGGCAUGGCGAUUACCCUAUUUCAGUACCUGAGUACUCGUAUUGGAGACUUGGGACACAACAGUCUGGUCAAGCUGAGAGAUGCCGCGAUUGUCCCAGUGCUGAGGGAGAAGGGUGGCGACCAUGUGGCCCACAUCCGGCCGUCUCAAUGUUACCUGGGAAGUUCCUCGACGUACAAGGACAUAUUUGACUUUGUCGACUUUGGCGCCGAUGCGAACACGUUCCUCUUCAAGUGCGGUGCCAAGAGCGAGCCCACCAAGCACGAGAUCGCCCAGAUGGCCUGCAGUGAGCCGGCUCGGUUGUUGAGUACCCUCCAGAGUCCGGAGAAGUACCUGAACCUGCUCAAGUCCGUUUUUGAGGACUGGGGCUUGCUGAAAAGGGACAAGGAGCUGCUCAAGAAAAUGACAACAUCCAGCUGGCUGCUGGGCUUCCGCGAACUGUCGUCGUCCAGCAUGGGCAAGGAUUCGGACUCCCUCGAUGACGAGAACCCUAUUAAACAUUAUCAACUCGCUGCCGCUGAGGAAAUUGUGAUCCUUGACGAUUACAUAAGCUACCGUUUGUUCAAGGAAGCCCUGCUAUGUGCUCCCGAGGACGACACUCUCGAGGCCUUCUACUCUUUGCUUGGGUCCAGGGGUUUGGGCAGCAAGGUCAAAGAGGAUUUGCAGGUGGGCCCCCGCACAAGGAAUCAAGACGGCGCCGAGUGGCUGCGGAAGCAUGUCCUCGAGCGCUCGAAGCUGUUCCUGCACGAAUACUCCAAGGACAAGCGGGACGCCAUUAAGCACGACACAAGAUGGCUCGAGAAGAACUUGCAAGUGUUGUCGGUCUCGUCGCUAAGCCUGCGGCGGUCGCUCAGGGGCCACGCCAAGUCUCACCAGGAGAAGCGAUCUGCGGCUAGUUCCAGUACCGCGAACGGGUGGACACUGUAUGUCGCCGCCGCCGAGGGCAAACCCGAUAUGUACCAAGUCGGCCAAGCCAUUUGCCAGCUCUUACUGAACCGCCCCAACCAACACGCCUACUUCUUCUUUGAGCCCUUCCUGAAGCUCGGCCUGCUUGACCUACGAGCCCGUGGGUACAACGUAGAUCGGAUUCUCAGAGCUAAGGCGGCUGAAGCCCGUCUGGCCGAGGAGGAGCGGCGCAAGGCUCUCGAAGCAGAGCAAAGGGCGAUCCAAGAACGCGAGAAGGAAUGGACGACGCAGAUUCAGAGGCAGGACCCCGUGACCCCAGAGCGAGUCCGCGACCGCAUGCCAGGAAGCUUUGACGAAUCCCCCGACCAUGCAAUUCCGGCCUUGCCUCCGAGACGGGGCGGCGGGCUCUUGUCAACCCUUUCCAGGCGCUUGGGUUUCGACACAGGCGAUGACCACUCUCAGUCCGCCUCUGACUCUCAUUCCGAACUCAACAAGUUCCUCCUCCCUCCCCAAUCCCAAAUCAAACCCCCUCAGCCAGGCGGUAAAGACGACGACGGCCGCGUCACGUCGCCAGCCACGAUCCACCAAAACCUCCUCAACGCCAUCAAAUCAACCCGGCCGCACGACUCGUCCACCCUAUUUGCCCCGCCGCAGCAGACCGAGGUCAAGGAACAGAGAACCUACUGCGACAGCGCGCCGGCGCAAAACAUCGUCUUUGCGGCCGAAGCGCCCCGCGGCAUGCGCGUGUUCCUGGCCAAGGACGUGCUGGUUGCCAACCACGCGGCGUUCAUCUCGUCCCGCGUGGACAGCAUCGCGCGGUUUGAGGAGCUGCUAAGGGAUGUCGGGCAAGUGUAUGGCCUCGGCGAGCGGGCGCUGCACAUCUUCUAUGACGAGAAGGGCGGCACGAUUGCGUUCAAUAGCAAUGGGAGUUUGUUUUGCAAUCUGCGGUUCUGGGAACAGCUGCAUUAUGGGCGGAUUCAGCAAGGGACGGGUGGCGGACAGGCGAGGGUUGAGGCCACGACGUGGUGGUGGGUUGUUGUGGCUCAUGAGCUCGCGCAUAACCUUGUUGGACCACAUGGAGCGCAGCAUAGCUAUUAUACGGAGUCAUUUGUCCAGCAGUACUUCCCCAAAAUGAUGGCCAAGGCGGCGGGAUGGAUGACGGCGACGGCACCCGCUGCUACUGCUGGUGCUGGGUCCGACGGGAGCGUUCGGCCCGAUGAGCUGCCGCCGCCGUAUAGCUUGUGACUAGCCGGGCAGAUUUGGGGCUAAGUUCGGGAGCUGUUGGGAAUGGAAGAACACUUGGGUGGGGGAGCAUUGUGUGUCAGGUGCUAUGUACGGGUUUAUUGGUCUUUCACAUUGUGCCACGUUAUCGAGCUUGGGUUUCGCCGAAUUGCUUUGCAUACUUGGGGAUAGAGAGUAUAUACGGGAGACUGGGGACACAAAGCAUUGUUAGAUAGGGGCGCAAUUGGGCGGAUUUCUACACACGAACACAAGGAUAGGGUACGUGUACGUUAUGGGUCGAUAGAUAUGCCAAUGCAAUGCUUCUCUUCC